GAGAAGGGUUCUUCUUGACAGUGGCUGCUUCUGAAUUCAGAGAUGUGGGCAUUAAACUAGAAAGCAGUGCUGAGAGAGAGGACCAGGAAGUAAAUAACACUGGGAAAUGAGAAACUCAGGGAAGAAAGGACCUGACUUUCCUCCUCUCAAAAAGAACCCUUCUUUUGAUCUGGAAUUACCUGUUAUUGACCACAGAACUGCUACUGAAGAUUCCUGGGACAGGGGCCUGUAUAGUGAGAGGCCUUCAAGGAUGAAAAUCCUCCGCCUACUCCUGGCCACCCUGCUGGUCUCCCUGUGCCUCCUCACCGCCUACAGUCACCUGGCACCUGAGGAAAAACCCAGAGGUGACAGGAACCUGAGGAGCAACUCCUCCAUGAACCUGUUGGAUCUCCCUUCUGUCUCUAUUGUAGCACUGAACAAGAAAUCCAAAAAGAUCAGCAGAAAAGAGGCAGAAGAGAAGAGAUCUUCCAAGAAAAAGGCUUCGAUGAAGAAUGUUGCUCGGCCUCGGCGGCCCCGGCCUCCGCCGCCCGCCCCCUGCGUGGCCACUCGUGACAGCUGCAAGCCGCCGGCGCCCGCCUGCUGCGACCCGUGCGCCUCCUGCCAGUGCCGCUUCUUCCGCAGCUCCUGCUCCUGCCGAGUGCUCAACCCCACCUGCUGAGCUCACCCACCUCCAAGGCCGGCGGGGAGGGGCAGGGCGCCAGCUGGGAGGGGUAGGGCGCCAGCGGGGACGGGUAGGGCGCCAGCGGGGAAGGGUAGGGCGGGGCUCUCGGGGGGGGGGGGGCGCUUCCUGGCGUGGGUGAUUUCUAACAGGUGUGGCUUCCUUGCAUUUGGCGCGGGCGUAGCUACUUAGGUUGCGAAGGAGCUUUCAGGAGGCGGGGCUUCAAGGAGACUUGGCUUGGGCGGGGCUAAAAUCCAAAUAUAUGUAGGUUGCUCAAA